AUUUCACACGACAAUUCUUACUUAUUCUAUAAACCAUUGAUCCUGCUCAAUAUGAAAAGUUUGUGAACCUUAAGAGAUGGGUAACUGGAACUGGUUCUCGAAAGCUGGUCCUUCUGGUUUUAAGUCUUCCUCUACAGCUGAAGAAGUCACCGAGGGGAUUGACGCUACAGGCCUCACUGCAAUUGUCACAGGUGCCACAAGUGGGAUUGGGAAGGAAACAGCAAGAGUGUUGGCUCUAAGAGGUGUGAAAGUAAUUAUACCUUCAAGAAACUUGGAGAAUGGUUUGAAGACAAAAGAAAUGAUCCUCCAAGAAAAUCCUAAAGCAAAGCUUGAUGUCAUGGAGAUGGACUUAACAUCCAUCAAAUCCAUCACUUCUUUUGCUAAAUCCUUUAAUUCUUCCAAACAACCCUUAAAUAUUCUCAUAAAUAACGCGGGAAUAAUGGCUUGUCCAUUCCAGCUCUCCAAAGAUGGAAUAGAGCUGCAAUUUGCUACCAAUCACCUAGGACAUUUCUUACUGACGAAAUUGUUAAUGGAUAAGCUUAAAACCACAGCUAAGAAAUCAGGCAUAGAAGGAAGAAUAGUUAAUGUGUCCUCCACUGCUCACAGAAGAUUGUUUGUGAAGGAGGAUUCUUUGCUUGAUCUCGAGAUCAUUAAUAAUCCAACCAAGUACUCAAGAUAUGAUGCUUAUUGUAGAUCCAAGCUUGCAAAUGUUCUACAUGCAAAUGAGUUAGCUAGCGUUUUGCAGGCAGAGAAAGCUAACGUGACGGCAAAUUCUCUACACCCUGGAGUUAUACCCACUAAUUUAUUUCAAUUCAUGAACUUUAGAGGCAUUCCGUUGCCGGUACUAGGAGCAUUGGGGAAGCCUUUCAUGAAGAAUAUACCCCAGGGUGCAUCGACAACUUGUUAUGUUGCACUUCAUCCUGAUCUGAAAGGUGUUACUAGAAAGUAUUUUAAUGAUUGCAAUGAAAAACUUCCUUCACCACAAGCUCAAGACAAGGAUUUGGGGAAAAAACUUUGGGACUUCAGCACAGAUUUGCUUAAUAAUCUCAACAGAAGAAAAUGAGAACCAAAUGCAUGUAAUUUGAAGCAUACUAUUAUACCACAAAACCAUCUUGCAUUUUUUCAUCAACUUAAAAUCACAGUUUCUGAUUUUAAUGGCAUUUUUAAUACAUAUCAGUAAGUAGCUGCGCUCGCAUGUUUAAA